UAGAUCCUCAUAUAUGCUCAGGGGCCUAAGUCUUUGGCAAAACUCUUUGUAUCAAUUGAUUGUGCUCGAAAAUGGGUGCAAGAGUAAUCGUUUCGUUACUCUUCUUGUUCCUAAUUUUUCGCUCCAACGUCGACGCGGCGAACAAGCGGAUCCGCAAUCGCCGCCCGUGCAAGCAGCUCGUGUUCUUCUUCCACGACAUUCUCUACAACGGGAACAACGCAAAGAACGCGACCUCAGCCAUAAUCGGCGCGCCAGCUUGGGCCAACAAGACAAUUUUGGCCGGGCAGAGCCAUUUCGGCGAUCUGGUCGUGUUCGACGACCCCGUCACUUUGGACAACAAUUUGCACUCAAAGCCUGUCGGGCGUGCCCAAGGGUUCUAUAUCUAUGACAAGAAGGAUAUUUUCACAGCUUGGCUUGGCUUUUCCUUUGUGUUUUCUUCCACUCACCACAAGGGUAGCUUGAAUUUUGCUGGGGCUGACCCUUUGAUGAACAAGACUAGGGACAUUUCGGUAAUUGGCGGCACCGGCGACUUCUUCAUGGCCCGUGGCGUGGCCACUCUGAUGACGGACUCGUUCGAGGGAGAUGUUUACUUCCGGCUUCGCGUCGAUAUUAAGUUGUAUGAAUGCUGGUAGUGGAUUUAUUGAAGCGCCAAGCGUUGUUGACAUACAAGCGGAGGCAAUAUGCACGACUGAAGUUCGAAGUUCAGACAAGUAUUGAGAUUUUCAAAUAAAGUUCUCCAUAUUUGUGUUCCCUUUUGAUGAAGUUUUCUAUUGAUAUUGUAGUUGUUUUGUUUUAUCCUUCU